CUUAUUGUGCAUUUUUUAGUUUCUAUCUUCUUAUUUGUGCCCAGAGCCUUAUGCUCUAGUACUUGUGUGAAGGUGGACGAAGUCAAGUUGUAUAAUAAAUCGAUCGCAAUAUAGUACCUACUUCAUUAUCUCGGUAUCCUGCACUCAGACCCACGCAGGGUUUCAUCUAUCAAAAAUAGGUAAUCACAAUCAUCAUUAGAUGAUCUAGACUGCUUAAUACACUAAAUCUAAAAAAGAUGGCAUCAGUCGUGUUGUUCUUUCAGGUCAUUGCCUUUGCAGCAUGAUGUCACUUGCAAAUUCUAUCAGGGACUGGAGCGCUAAGAAAAUACAAAGUUCGUCGUGGCAGAAAGAACAAGCUUGCUGGCAGAACUACUUUGCAUAAACAAGCUGCGCGAGGGACACAACAGAUACUAUUGCAGUAGUGCAUUACUCCUACUGGUGCUCGUCGUGACAGCACAAUUCGCUCAAGUCCGCAGCGCCGGAUCUGUGCGUCGUACAAUCGGAUUCCUGCCGUGUAGUAGAACAAAACUUCAACUAUCGCAACUUUUGCUGUGCUUAUUGGAACUUCACGAUUACGCGCACAGCGCCGCACUGCACAACGCUGAACUACAAUUGCACGUCUAGAAGCUGUGCUGCACACGGCUAUCAUACUAGAGCCUUCCUCAAGUAGAAGAAUGUCGAGCGCAAAAACUGAGGAUAUCAGUAGUCACGACAUACUGAUUUUAGAGAAAAAGAACUCCACUACUAAACACGAGGAAGAAAUGUCCUCUGUAGAUACAACACACUCCGAACCUGAAUCAAGCGCGCCUGAAAGCACUGAACAAGGGUAUUUUUUCUUCCUUGCCAGAAAGAUCGAGGUUGUACUCUCCGUCUCCUCAAUCAUUAAUAAGAAGUUGUAAACGGAAGAAUUGCUACAUGACCAGUACUAGGAGUAGGCUCAGUAUUAUUUGCUAUUGCUCAACAUUUUUUUUUAUGGUCUACGUACUUUUCAUUUCACAUUUUUGACCAACAACAGAUUCGUCGCUCACACCGGUGGUGGGGAGUCGGAUGACACACCACCACCACCUCCACCCGAUGACUCACCUGAGGAUGACUCACCCGAAGAUGAUUCACCGGUCGUCGUAACAGCGCAACCACGACUAGACCAACAGCAAGAUGGAACAAAUAAUGCAGCGGGACCAGGACUACAGACUAGCACAGGAGGGGCCGCUGUGGUGGCCCCACCUGGGGCCUCACAACUUGCCGGUCAGCUUACAGUCACAGGAGCAGGCGCAUCAACAGAGCAGUUCUCGGCACAAGCUGGGCUGGGUACAAUUUUCUGCAUCGAUGGACAGUUUUAUAUGCAGCAGCAGCCGAUGCAGCUGGCCCCCACUACCUCUACUUCGGGAAUCAUGCAACUCGGAUCGCAGUUGCAAAUGUCUUCCACUGUAAUUAUAUGGCUUCUUCAAUAUGGAGGUUGUUGCUGUUGGUUCUGAUUCGUCAUCAUAGUGUUCUCCUUACUCAACACGUGAACGACGAUCUGAACAAGCUGAACAAGUCUGUAAGUCCCUAGUCGUGUGAAGAUGUCCUUUUUUGUUCUAAUCUUUGGAGCAAGUGGUACACCUCCCGUAGCACCAGGUGGCGCAGUUGGGCAAAACAAUUUGAUCGCUACAACAGCCUCCUCACCUACGGCAGGAGGUGCGAGGAGAGCCCAAUGGACGUCAGAUCCUAACGAGCCACCUGGUACCUACGUCAACGGGAUGGUAGUUUACAGUGGAGAAGCACCCGUCUUCGAUCGGCCUGAUCCUAGUCUGCUGAAGAAUAAAGUGGUACUCGUAUUUUUUGGUUCGUCAUGGUACCUAGUCCAUUAUCUACUUUAUUUUUUUGCAGAUGCAACCUUCUAGUAUCACAGCAGCAACAGCACCUGGUGACUUCUCGUCAGCUCAGCUUCAUAAAGAUAUCUUCAACACCACCUUCCUACUAGGGCGACGCCGAGAAAUACGGAGAAAGGGGAGGGCUGCAAUCGUGUCCGGAACUGCAGGAGCAGAUAUCGGCAGCGCAAGCUCUAGCCAAGCUAAAGGCAGAGUUAGAGUCAAGCGACGUCCUAGAACAUGGACUGACGCUAGACAUGGCCACUUACUCACGCCUCUUUGGAGAUGGUAGUGCGAAGAUUCAAAGUAGUUCCUCUCAGCAGGCAAAUGGAGGAUCUUCAAGUUGUCCAAUUAUAUCCGGCGGAGCAGGGGUCCAAGUCCAAAACCAAGGCCCUGUUCUUGAGGACGACAAACCAAACGCCAAUGAAGAUACUACUUAUCCUCCAGGCACGACCAGCACAAAGGAUACAACUGCAACUAGUAGUAAGACCACUGUCGGUGGUGCUAGUGGAGAUACCAGUAGUAAAACAACGAUCACGAUAGAUGAGAAUGAGAUGAGAACCCUAGCGGCCGCAUCGCCGACGGCUUUUUUUAUAAGUACAACAGGAGCAGAUGGAGAUGAUAUUAAACGAGAACUAGAAGAUGCACCACCAGGAAAGCCUGCAGAUGCAGGAUCGAUACUUAUGAUUUGUUGUAUUAAGUACUGCUACUUCAAAUCUUCUUGAAAUUGUACAGUACUUGAUUGGAGGUCGCUUCCCGAGUCCUUUGUUCACCGGCACUUCAUUUGUGGUGAAAGCCGACCUCCUUCCUUGUUAUGCUUCUACAAAAGUUCCUCCUGCUCUUGCUUCUUGCACUCCUAAAAUAUCUCCUGCUCCGAUCACCCCAGCAAAGAGUUCGCCGAAGACCACCUUGGAUCCCAAUGCCGCAGUCUUUGUGCCGAAGAGCGACAUUGGACUCCAUGAGACUUCCUUGUCUCUGGGAACAGUCAGCGACCAGCAACUGCUGGCGUCCGAACCAUUACAGCAGAGUCAACAGGUGCCUUUAUGAUAGAAGAACGGCAUUAUAUUGCCAAAAGAUAAGCAAGAUGAGGAUAUUGAGAGAAUAAAGUAAUGAUAGUGGGCUGGAGUUUCUUGAUCUAUUAAUCGUGAAAUAAUAUAGAACUUCUAGUUUCAUCUGGUCCUCGCGUUCCUCCCUAAAAAUGAUGUUGAAGAAUAGUUUCGUACGAGUGGAUCUUUUCCCCUCUCCUCCCUAAUGACUCUUCCAGGAAGAAGGCCAGAUUCCCAUAUCAAUCAAAUGAAAGCUAGGAUGUUCUCACAAUUUUCAGUCCGAAGAAUUUCUUCUGAAGUUGCCGGUUGCAUUUCCUUUCUUUGCCUCUUCUUUUCACAAUCUUGCCAAGAAUACUUUUUUGCCUUUUAGUACAAGAUCCUUGCUGCGGUCCCUUCGUGCUAAUACGCGCCACGCCUAGCUCCCUUUAGAUUACUUUCGUACGAGUGGAUCUUCUCCCCGUUCCUGAGUCCUGUCCUUCUAAACAAAAGUGAUUAUGUUCUUUUAGACGGAGAGCAGCCACAAGCACAAGGCUUUGCCGCUGGCGAUCCGGUUCAGUUAGUCCAAGCGAAUUGGCAACUACCCAGGCAACAAGUUUAUGCGGUCAUUAACGGAAACUUCUAUCUUGCGGAGCCUGUGCCAGGGACUGGUAUAGAAGUACGCACCUAGUUCGUAGUAAAUCUUAUAUAUAAGCAUGCCGCUUAUACUUUUUGAUGAGCUCCUUUAGUUCUUUCUGAUGAAUGAUUCUUUUACCUUGAAGAUGUAGUAGAUACAAACAGAGAAAGAUGAAUACGAUUGACACCUUUUCGACGAAUUGCAUCUCAUGAACAAAUUAUUAUGUGCCUCGACUUCCUCAGGUGCCCCUCCGUCUGCUCCUACAGAAGUUGCGGGUGGAGCUGGAGGAGCGGCGCCUUCACGCGGGGGACCGCUAUCUACUGGUGGAAGAGGAAAGGGCCAGCAGCCUGUGAUGUAUAGUAAUUUGAACCGCCCUCCUCCACCAGCAGCAAGAAGCAAAAACUUUUAUAGCCAUAUAAACCCACCCGCACCCCCAAACAACUAUAAUGGGUAUGGCAGGAGUAACAACUUCAAUGCAAGUUCUUACAACUCGUCUAGUAUCGGAGCCGGAGGCGUAGGGGGAACAAGAGGUCUAUUUUUAGCCUCCGGAGGCGGUAAAAAAGGUGGGCAUCAAAUCAAAGGAGCAGGUGGAGGAGCACAUUUGUUCCAACAUCAAAUGUCUACUUCUUCUGGAGGGGCAUCUUACAAUACGACCCAAGUGGUGAAAAAGACUUCUAGUGUUGGUAGUGGGAAUACCCCGCCAGGUCCACCUGUAGUUAUGGUCUUCACAACAUAAGUAUUUAGUGUAGUCCAUGAUCUUUCUCAGCCUACUCAGCAUGAUGAUCUCGAUAUUACGCUUUUGUUUCCCUUGUAUUCUACUCGAAAACUCCUUGUAUUCUAUAGCGAGUUACUGUUGAUGACUGAAAUAAGAGAGUCUUGACUACAUUUCCCUUCUUUCAGUAUCUCCCUCAUUUUCACUAGUUACAACUCGCUUAUUUCAGUUUAUCGAAUACGUUUCUUCAGGGGAAGAGAACAAGGGGUCGAGCUGAGUAGAGGAGGACUGAGAUGAAUAAAAGCUGGCAGCUCUAAUGUCGGGACGAAUAAAAAACCAAAAUCUUCGAUAUAUCAGCAACUUGUGGCCCCUCCACGUAGCACUACACAUCCUGCGCCCCAGCUUGUUCCGCAUCGUUCGACUACCUCGUCUUCAUCCAGCACUUCUUUGAAAGCUGCGGGGGCAUCGGCAAACAAGAUGAGCUCAGGACCGGGAACGGGUACAGCGGGUGCAGCUGUUCCAUCUAGUACUACUUCGCCUUCUAUAGCUCCAGUGAAAAAUUUCUAUUCGUACAUGAAUAAGAAUCACGGACGCGGGACUCCUCCAAGUGUCACAAAGCAGCAACGGACGCCACCACCCCCUCCUAAGGACAGGCCAGUAAAGAGGCGUGGAGGGAAUAAGUGGACUGUGACAGGAGCAAACCCUAACAUUAAGGGUUUCGACAUUGCAUUCUUCACUACCAUCCUUCCCUCGUUUUCCAGUAGGAAGAGGGCCAAGGAUGUUCUGAAGAAUGCAAUUCCGCAACCUCUAAUAACACGGUUACAGCAGCAAUGCCUGGUGCAUCGGCUACUCCUCCUUCAAAUAGUGGUCCAUUACAAGUACAACGGCCUGGUGCAUCGGCUACUCCUCCUUCAAAUAGUGGUCCAUUACAACAGCCUGGACCUGGUGUCAAAAACAAUACCGGAUCACGACCAGAAGACGAGGCAAGAAGAAGCGUUGAAGAUAAACCUCCAGCUAGCGAAAGAAAUAAUGACAAAGCCAAACAAGCCAAAGUAGGCGCAAGGUCGAGUGCGACCGAACUCGAAGCGCCAACCUCGUCUAGUACAACUAAUGGAGUACCAAGUGCAAGUGCUGGGGAAAAUCGCGGUAGGACUACAAGCAGUGGAAGCAAGAAAAAGGACAAAGCGACGUCGACGAAACAACCAUCGGCAGAACCCACUAGCACUACAACUUCCACUGUUGCUGAAUCAAGCGAAACGCCAAAGUUUACCUCGGAAACUCCAAAGUUUACUCCAGAAGCGGGCCCUAGUUGCGAUUUGAGUGAGACCGAGCGCCACGAGAUGAAGGACGUUCUCAACUCUGAAGACUGCGCAGUUUUGAAGGAGAUUUGGGAAAAGUACAACGAACUACAACUCCUGUUAAUAUUCGCUGGAAUUUUAGAAUGAAAACAGUGACAUCACAUUCUUCUUGGCAUUUAGAUUUGGGUGCUUCCUUGUAAAACUACAACAGGCAUUGUGAUUUCUACAACAGGCACUGUGAUGCCCGUCGAACGACUGGGUCGAUGCAGAAUUUUAGAGCGUAACGCAAUAGGAAUACACAUCUUGCACCAUUUUGGGGGGUGUUUAUUCCUAUCCUGAAACCGUGCGACCCCGAGGAUAGAGAGAAACGCGGCGGCAGGAAUCAACGCCGCCCCGAGUUGUGAAAAUCGUGCGCAAUUUCGCUCGUUCGCUGUGUAUAUUCCUAUCCCGGGAAAGGUUUCCCAGAUCGUGCUUUCGUCUAUCGUUCUGCAGUCGUGUCGGUUCAGAACGGAACCUGUGAAAGGGUUCGAAAUCGCAAAAGCUGCGAAGGUCGAUCGCAUAGUUUGCGUCCUCGCUAGUCUGCUGAGAGUAUUUGCGUCGUGUUGUCUUUUUGUUUGGUAGCUUAAGAAAGUCCGUAGAGCGUUGGGUGCUGUGCUCUGCUGAUUAUGCUAGUCCCGGCCCAUCUUGCCUCAUGUGAGAGAAGUCCACACUGCCCCAAUUUGUUGGAGCUGUUUGCUGGCGAUCUGUUGAGGGUUGAGCCAUACAAAAGCUGCAGCCUUGAAGUGGUCUCGUUGGGUAAUCUCGACGAAGAAAGGGCGGGCGAGUGACUGGCAACGCACUGACGCAGCAACAUUCUGACUCGCUUCCAAUUCAAGUCCACCUAUGGCGUCUCUUCUUUUUUGCCCCCCCCUCUCCCCAAGUUCUUAGCUUACUUAUGCAUGGCGCAACGAACUUGCGCCAUUUUCUUUGUUUCCGAAUCAUUCUUGCUUUUUUCAUUGUUCGGCGUGCUUGGCUUUCUUGUUUGUUGCGCAAACAAGUAGGGCCAUGGAUAAACACAGCACAGCGCGCGCGAAUUAGCUCGCAAAGUAUGGCGAUGCCCGUGGUCUAUGUAUAAGCAUGCCGCUCCUAGUGAUAACUCUCGAAGCUAUGAAAAUAAGAAACACUGGGCGCACUGCGAUCAGGUUAGUCGCUAGGGCUGUGUCGUUGGCUGCUUCCUAUGUUUCUCAUUGAUUUGGGACGUUCGCCGCAUCAAUUUUGCGCCUGAGAGGCGCCUUGGCAGGGCCUGUUCUCCCGCGCAAUAGAGCUAACCUUCUGACGCGGCGUCGCCUCGGUUUGUGCUCCCGCGCCAUCUGUCUUGUAAAUCUGUCGCCCUCUGUCUCUGUGUCUGUGGUUUCCGUGUGCCCUUCGUGCCAUGAGUGUCGCGCCGAUCUUUCAGCAAGUAGGUUGCUCUGGGUCAUUUCAUCUGUGCGCACUUCCGUCUCCCUCGGUCUUCUCCCUUCGAUUAGGUCGCAGCAGUAUGCUCUGGCGGUGCUCCUUCUGGCUUCCUUAAUGGUAUUAGAAUUGUAUGACUGCGCAGCGUUUUCCAGCGUAGCCUGCUCCUAGUUAACGCUGCGACUUAUGUUGGGGGGGCUUUGCUUAUUCUUAUCGUUCCGUUUCCCUCUAUCGUUCUGCAUCUAUCAUCAUCAUCAUCAACCUAGGACGAGCAGCACCACCAACGUAUGCAAGAAGUAGCCCACAUCUCUACCGCGACAGGUAUCGCGACGACCUCGAAGCGCCCAAGUUGGAGAAGAAGCCUGAACUGACUUCCGAAGAACGGGAUGAGUUUUUUCGCCUGUCGAAUAAAGUAGUGCAGCGCAUGGCUGGUUUGUAUCAAGCGCCGUUAUCCUUGGACCAAGCUCAGCUUUCCGCAACGAAUGCCUCAGGCCACAAACGACACGCAGAUAAUUUCGUUUUCAAGACAAGGAGAAGUACUAGAGGACUACUAGCUAUGAUUUAGAAGAUUGUACUACAAACAUUGCUCCUCAACACCUCAACAGAAACUGUCCUACCCCCCCCAACGGAGACUGUCCCACCUCUAAUCCUCUUCAUUUUUUUGAUGCUAGAACGAAGUACGUCCAAAUGGCCAUCCACUACAAAACACAACUCAUGAAGAUGUUGAAUUUUUCUGUAAAAAAACCUCCAGAACGAUCGAGAACGAAGAGUGGGUCUUCACUGCACGAGAUGUCGCUACAGGACAUGCUGAGACCUAGUCGCACCUCAAGUAUAGGAUCCGAGUCAGAUCUAGUUCUAGCAGAACAAGAUUCUUCUGCUGCAGCAACAAAAAACAAGGAGGAAUCGCGAACGCCCACUACUCCGUGUGUGCCUGUAGUUAUGUGGAAGGCUUUGAACAACAAGACGCGUAGCUCUAGUUGAAGAAAUUGAUUCUUACUGUUCUUUUAAUAGUGACUUCCUUAUGUUGUCUGUGUCUUAAUCAUCUAGAAUUUGUUUUCUAGUACCUCCUGUCGGAAGAUAACGAUGAAGAUGAAGAACGUCCUUAUGUAUCAUGAUCAAAAGUUUGAUUCUCUAAUCUGAAUGUUAGAAGUGUUGAUCUGUGCAAAACCGGUCCCGCAGGUGAAGCUUCAUCAACAGCUGCGGCAGAUGAGGAGUCAAUAUCGAAUCUCGUUGUGUUUUGGAAAACCAAUUCGACGGCUCAUCGUACCAACACAUACAUUUGUUUUUUCUAGGAAUGAACGAUAAACAUCAAGCACUAGUACAACGUAUUUAUAAGUCCUAAAUCUGGCUGCAUCCAAAUAUGGUGAAAAAUACCGUUAAAUUUUCCUCGUCUUAUGAUCACAUCCUCGUCUCCUCAUAAGGUAACUACGCCGCCUCUGUGAAUUUAGUGGCUCCAUCCGACUACGAGGGUGGUGAAGUACGAUUUUUCGUCCAUCUGUACGAUGCAGAGCCAUGCUCUGUGUACAAGUCAGAGAAGGGGUGUGGUGUUUGCUUCACCGGUUGCCCCAAAAAUGUUCAUGAUGUCACCGGAGUUACCAGCGGCUUUCGCCUUUGCUUGUUGGUAUGAUUCACUUACAAGUGUAGGUGACUUGUCACUUCUAAUUUGAUCGCUGUAGAAGUACUACUGGUAUGCAUAAAAAUGACUUCGCGUGGCUGAUUGUCGUGAAGUAGUAGAAUAAUAGGGAUUUCAUCUUCCACCUACUUCUACACUGAAAUCUAAAGAACAUCAGGUUUGGACCCGUCCCGGUGGCACUUCUUGUCCGAAGGAAGCUCAAAACGCGCACUAUCACCGACCUGGUACUGGAGAAGCUGUCUGGCUGAAUUAUGGGGAUAUGACAAAAGGCCAACAGGAAAGCCAGUGCAUGCCUCAAACUGAAGGUCCCAAGUAG